CCCUCCUAGUAAACACUACGUACUCACCUUUUUCGGGGGCCAUAGCUUAUUUAGACGCGAUCCCGUGGUUCACAACAAGCACCAAACCAAAAGUAAACUAUAAUAAACUAAACCAUACCAAAGUAGCCAACCUCUAAGAUCUACCGACCUAUUCAAAAUCUAAUUACUUGUACAACUAAACUGACAGAUGUCAUGAUCAUGGCGACAGUAUCUUCAAUUCAAUCACGAUAAUGUCAACAGUGUCUUCAAGCCUUUCUUCAGUUAUUACAGGUCAAGGCAACUUUGGGCAUUUCCGUAUCAAUCAAUUUGUCGAUACCAAUACAGUUAAUGCGACCGAGCUCCAUUCUAAAAUACAGACGCCCAACGCGAAUCUAGUUAGUAAAAUCUCUCUCGACAUUACAUCCACCCCCAAUAAUUCGAUGGCACAAUCAUCGCGCCCUACCUCAGGUCAGAAUACUACCGAGAUCACUCCAACGGUUGCACCGGCGAAAACACUCCAGAAAGAUCAAUCAUCAUCAUCGCCUCGAGGUGGCUUUGGCGCGUUGGAGCUGGUGGAAUUGAAUUCGAAUCCCAUACUCGACGGGGUUUUAGGUCCAAACAAGGACGGAAGAGUUCGUAAUCCGGUUCCAUCUAAGCUGAAAGGCAAGACCGAUAAUAAAAAGGGCAAUUUUGGUGUGAUGCAUAUGGCGGCCAGUACGCCAGGAAAGAAAGAGGCACCGGGGAAAGAUGCUGCAGCUGAACGUGAUGCUGCUGCCAGAAGAACGAGUGAGAAUACCGCCUCGCGUGCGAAAGCUGCUGCGAAUGAAAAAUACGCUCCUCCGAAGAAGAGAGGACUCGACGCGGCGAAGAAUGAAGGUGGGAAUCGCGCAUCUCCCUUUGGUUCACGAGAUGAUCACAAACAACGUGCGAGGCCGCUAACUCCGGAUGAGACGAAAUAUGAGCAAGCGCGAUUAUUGACAUUAUUGAGGAGCAUCAAUCCAGUCACGGUCGUCGAUCAGGUUUGUAAAGCCGUGGCAUAUUUUGGUGGUAUACCUGGUGCACCGCCACCAGAAGAUGGUAUCUUUCCUGAAAGUGCGAAUACAAGAGAGACUGGGGCAUUGUUUAUAGGAUGGCUGGCAGAAAUAUUUCCCGAUCUUUCAUCAGCACCAGAACCUCUAGCACCGAAGAUGCAGGAACCACUUUCUGCCAAAGGGAAAAGAGGCCGUGGAAGACCACCGAGAGAUUCAAAAGGUCCAGAGAAUGGUACAUCUGAUCCUCCAGGGCCAGCAAACGGAUUUGGAUUUGGUCCAGCUGUUCAAGCCCCAACUUGGGGAUUGCCUCAAUCUGUAGCUUUAGUUAAUACCGCACCCCCGAUGGCAGCUCCACCAAUACCUGCUGCAGCUGCAGUUCCAUCGGCUUCUACUGCGAGUCCUAACUUUAGUCGACCUGUUCAGGCCGAGUCAGAGCGACCCGCCACUCCCCUCAAACAAUACAUUGAUAACCUUGCUCCUGAUACCGAAUCUACAAGCAAACGAAGGAGAGGUAGACCCAAAGGAUCUAGGAAUAAGGGAAAGGAAGUACAAACUAGAAGUGAGAGCACGGGAGGAAUGAAUAGUGUUGAUGCUUCCACAUCAGAACCAGGCCCAUCGGAACAACACAUACAACAACCUGCCGCGGUGGCGAACAUGACAGCUGAGAAACCUAACACGGCGAAGGAAUCCCCAAUUGUCCCAAUUACAGACAUAAGCAACAAGAGUGGCCAGCCCCAACUCACAUACUCGGCAGAGCAUUGGAACGCAGACUCGAACACCGGUCAUACCUCUUCUAUUCUCCCGCCGGAUCAAUACAGUCCGGAGGAGCGUGCCGUAAUCGAAGCAUUUCAGAACGAGCAAGCACCUGGUGGAGGUUCUGAUAGUUUCAAUUCGACUCAACCGACUCCAGUAAACAAUGGCACUCCUACAGCUGGUGGUAUAAAGCGAAAACGUGGUCCUAAUAAGCCCAAGAACCCUUCGAUGACGCAAUCUCAAAAUAUUUCAGGAUCACAACCACAAACCGGUCAUACAUCUAAGAAUAUUAGCCCUCUUCCUGCGCCAGCUGAAAGCCCCCUUGUGCAAAAGGAUACCUCUACUGUACAGUGGGAAUCUGUACCUCCUAUGGUUGAAACUCUUGUUCCACCACCUCCGAAACGACAACGAAAGCCAAAGGUUCCUGGAGCUAAUGGUCCCGUUACUGGUAAGAAGACUGGUUCAUCGGUCGUCAGUAAUGCGACACCUCCAAUACCACCAAGCUCUAUUCCAGAUUCCCCGGCCACUUCAGUACAAGGCAUACAACAAAACAUUCAACAAUCACAACAGGGUACACCUGUAACUCGACCUGCUGAUGGACUAGAAGCCCAUUAUGCUCGAUUUCAAGAUCUUGGACAACAGAAUGGACGAAGUAUUACUCCAACAAUUACCCCCCAGGGACGUCAACAUCAGAAAUCUUCAUCAAUCCCUCAAUCAACCACACAACAAAUAAAUCUGCAAACUUCUCAACAACCUCAGCAAGUUCAAAUGCAACAUCAAACAUCCCAACAGAGUCAUUCACGAGAUGAUACUCAGAAGAUGACACAAAAUGUUUCGAGAAACGCUUCGAAUAGCUAUUUCCCAAAUCAUGGUGCUACUAGUUAUGUCUCACAGUAUCCUUCGAAUUCAAAUCAACCAAAUCAACGAUAUAGCGCUCAUCAACCAUCGCCUCAGAUGGCUAACAGCUACCGAGCAGGUACCAUGAGCCAAGCCUCACCUCAAUUUACACAUGCAGAAAAUGCCUACCGAACUGCUAGUCCCCACAACAUAGCUCAACCAUCACCUUCUUUCUCUCAAGCCGAUACUUCGUACCGAACUUCAUCGUCUCUAGCAAAUCCAUCACCAACUUAUUCACAACCCGAAGCAUCUUACAAUCCUCGCACAACUUCUAUUUCUACCACAACUCCGUCCUACUCUCAACCUGACUAUAAAUCCUCAGCUCUAAAUCAAACUCCCUCUUAUACUCGUUCUACCCCAACAACACAUCAACAACAAUCCUAUAAUCAAUUCGCGGACGCUGCCUACAUUGACCUACCUACUCUUGACCUUCCUAAUUUAGGCCAUACGUCCGCAUCUCCUUAUGGUCAAACAAAUAUGAAUAAUCUAGGUGGUAGUUCGAGAAGUAGUGCAAAUACAAAUAGUAUUUAUGGCACGAGUUCUGGAUUGGGAAAUGCGUUUGAUGGAGGUGCGAAUGAUUUAUUAAGAGUCAAUAGGGCAGGAAGUGGAAGUUAUGGGGCUGCUGGUAGUGCUGGACCUUUUGAUGGUGGCGAAGAAAUGAGACAGAGGUUGAUGAAAGGAAUGUUGGGGAGAGAACGCUGAAGUGUGAUUUACGGAGAUUCCAGUCGACGAUGAGUUACGCGUUGAAGCAAUGAGUUUUGAUAAAUAUGGAGGAGUGGAGAAUGGGCCUACUCCUGAUCAAUUUAUUCACGACUUACUCGAAUGGCUUUGAAAUGAUUCAUCAAUAGUUUUCAUGAUGAAUCAUCAGCUCCAUGUCAGCCUUUUUCCUCUGAAAGUAUGCACCCCCGUGAAAGGUUUGAGAUGUGUUUGGAAGGAUUCCAUCUCAAAAUUCAUAGCUGUCAUCAGGGGCCAGGGUGAAACUAAUCAUAUGAUUCUUUGUGAUGCGAGGGUGGAAUGAAUUGAUUGGAUGCGAUUUUUAUAUGGUGUAAUGCAGAUUGGUGUGAAUGACAAUGGAAGAUAGGAAUAGGAAACGGAGAAAAGAUUAUUUUUAUAUUGGAUAUUGGGUGUAUGUAUGUAUGUGGAUGAAUAAGAUUCAGAUGAAGAUUCAGAUCAGGAUUCCAGCUCUGGAAUUGGAUGAGUAUGUGAAUGGGAUAAGAUAUGAUAUGAUUGGAUGGGUUUGGAUUGAAUUUUUUGUGGGGAGGAGUGAAUUGGUGGGAGUGAGUGAAUGAUGGGUUGGUGAUGGGUGAAUGGGUGAAUGGUGAAUGGAUCACAAGUACAUUUCUUCUUUUUAUUUUUAUUUUAUUUUUACUUUACAUUUACUUUACAUUUAUUUUACAUUUUGUUAUGUUACUUUACAUUACAUUAUUUUAUUUAUUUAAAGGGGUGGGUUAAUUAUUUCGGGUUUGG